CCUUUUUUUCCCCUUGAAUUAUUGUUUUCGGCGAAAACACCACAGCAGAGGAGAUGCAUUCUCUCGCUGCAGGUUCGCCGUAAUUUUGUAAUCCCUCUUUCUUCCCUUCCAUUUUCACCACCACCGUCGCCGCCGCCACCUCCACUACUACCAACCAACAAAUGCUUGGCAAGUAAUUCUUCUUCCAAACCUUAAACCCUAAUCCGCAGGAUUUAUAAUAGAAUUCAUGGACUUCCAACAUCCCCACGGCUAUAACCGACUGCCUCCUCCUCCUCCUCCGCCGUCCAUGGCGGAUCCUCACUAUCCACCACCACCGCCACCGCCGCAAUCUCAGAGGCCGCCACUUCCUCCACCCAACUCUUGGUACUCUACGCAUUUCCAGUACCAUCCGCCAUCGCAGCAUUCUCCAUCUCCUCCUCCUCCUCCUGCUGCUGCUGCUCAUCCUUCACAGCAGUGGGGCCCGCCUCCUCCUCCAUAUCCUGCGCCUCCACACGCCCCUUAUCCCUCGCACCCUCUUCCGCAUAGCCACUACCCCCCACCCCUUCCAACCCGGCCUAAUCUUCCUCCUCAAGUUCCACAACCCUAUCCUCAUGCGAAUCAGGACUGGGGAAAUGCAAACUGGGGACAUCAUCAAACUGUGGAAUACUCAGUACCACAUAGCAAUGAAGAAGAUUGGGCUGCAAAGGCCAGAGCAUGGGCUGCUGCUAAAGCAGCCUCUGAAAACCAACAGCCACAAUUUACACAAGCUGGCAGACUUGAAGAACAAAGUCACUACUACGACAGAUAUCCCCAUUCUGCUGAUCCUCAUUUCCAAGAUUCACAACAACCAAGAGUUCUGCCACCCAGCUAUCAACAGUUUACAGCUCCAGCUGCACCCUCUCAAAAUAUACCCGUUGGUCACUCAAAUGAGUCUGCAGCUAUAGGCUUAGGAAAAUCUUCUUAUGUUCAUGAUGGACAUUUAGCUUAUACUGCUAGGGAUGAAAGCUUGGCCGGUGAUUCAACAACUGCAUUGCCUCAACAAGGAAACUUGUCUGUAAGUCCAUUAGUCCAUUGGCCGGAGGUAUCUUCUAGUUAUUCUUCUGUUGCAGGGGAAGAAGUUGGAGAUCAAAAUGAUAAGCUAUAUAAUUCUCAAUCUUUGACUGUUACUACUGCUCUGCAACAUCAAGUAAAACCACCACUACCUGUCGGUCCUGGGUCUACAAUGAAUGAAGAGCCUCAUCAUUCAUUUGGGGGACAGUUAACUGAGGCUGCAAUAAACCCUAUGGAUAAACCAUUAGUGUUUGCACCUCAGGUUAAUCGUGACCAUGGCUUGCAUAUGGAAUCAAAUUAUUCAUACUCCGAUUCAGUGGGUCCUGCAAGUGGUGUUGACCCUGUUUCAGGAAUGACUUCUGCUUAUGCAUGGCCUCCUGCCACUGCUGGGGUUGAACCUACCAUGGUAGUGCCUUCUCCAGUUCCUGGACUCUCUGCACCAGUUUUUGGGAGGUUACCUGGACCAAACUUCCAGUCCACUGUCCCACAUGUAGGCCCCACUUUUGGAAUUACCCCAGGGGCUGCUGGUCCUACUGCUUUUCCUACUGAUGCUUAUGCAAUUUCCACUGACCGACCUAAGAAGGCUUCUGUGCCUAACUGGCUUAGAGAGGAGAUUAUUAAGAAGAAAGCUGUCAUCACCAGUUCAGCUCCAGACCUCCAAAAGGAUGAUGCACUUGAAGAUGAAGAUGUUAACAAGCCUUAUAGAAGAGGCGAUCAGGGAGAUAUCAAAAGCAUUGAUUCAUCAAGAUCUACUGAAGGAGAGGAUGAUGAUGAGGACGAUGCUGAUGCUGCCAGAACUGCAGCAAUAAAUCAGGAAAUAAAGCGCGUCUUAACUGAAGUGCUUUUAAAGGUCACCGAUGAACUUUUUGACGAAAUUGCAACUAAAGUUCUUAGUGAAGAUGCCCUCAGCAUUGAAGCUGAACCUGAUGCUGCUCUUUCUAGUCAUAAGUUGUCAACAUCUGCUCAUGCUGUUAUAACUCCCAAGGCCUCUGCUAAGGUUCUUUUACCAUUUCAAACUAUAGAAGCAGAUUCUGAUGAUGGCGGCAAGAAGUCUAGCUCUGGUUCCCCUGGGAAUGUAUUGGGUCUUGCUAACUAUGAAUCUGAUGAUGAUAAUGAAAUCCAGAGUACUGUUAAGCAGAAUCCCAAUGAAGAUAGCUGUACUGACCAAUCAAUUGCUAUAAAGCAAGUGGAUGCCAAUAAUCUAAUUGGGAAUGGAAGUUCACUUAAGAAAAUUGAAAAAGUUGGUGGUUUUUCUGAUAAUGUAGAGCAUGCUAGAAAAGGGAGUCCUAAUUUUUCAUCAAUUAAUCAUGGCAAACUUGCUUCACAGUCAAGUGAUGGCAGGGCAUCUAUUGAAUUGGUGCAUGGAGAUUCUCAACCUUCCUCAAAGGCAAAGUCAGGAGUUUUAGAAGAAAACCUUGCUGAGGAAGUGCCUGUUGAAGUUGAAGGGAAAAAUGAAAAAAAGAGAAAAACCGAAAAUUCUCAUAUUCAGGAGAGCCAAAAUAAAUCAGGUAAGAGUAAUUCCCGUGACAACACUGCAGCUGAUUCUAGUAAAGGAAAACACAAAGACAAAGACAAUGUCAAGGACAGAACAUUUGAGAAGGAAGAUUAUAACCAUAAGAAGCAUGAGAGAUAUGUUAAAAAUGAAAAAUUCAAUGAUCCAGAUCAAAAAGAUAAAGUGAAGGAGAGAAGUGUUAAGUCUGGGGAAAAAGAAAAUGAGUCGGAUUCAAGGAAAAGAGCUUCUAUUGAUACCAAGGAAGGUAAGGGGAAGACAGAUAGGGAGGGCAGAUCAAGUACUAAAGGAGAUAGUGGCAGAAGAAGAGAAAAAGUUAAGGAUGAAAAAAGAGAAAAAUCUAGACGCAAAGAUGCGAGUGACUCUGGUAAACAUAAGAGACAGCGCUCCUCUUCUGUUGGUAGCAGAGGUAGAGAAAAUAAGGAUAAUUUAGUUAGCUACCCCACUGAUUCAAGUGAUGAAUCUUCUGGUGAUUAUAAAAGGAAGCUUUAUUCAAGAAGACAUAGAUCACCUUCACCUGUCAGGUCAAGGAAAAGACAAGUUUCGAGGUCUCCUCAUAGCAAGCACUCUCAGCGCAGGCAUUCUCCCUACUCUUCUCUUGAGACAACCAGGAGUAGGAGGUCAAGAUCGAGAUCUAGGUCAAGGUCUCCAGCCCGUCGGAAGAGAAUUUCUCGCGAUAUAAGAGCAUUUGUUUGCCCAUUUGUUACUGAGGGAUGCACCUUAUCGUUGAUUUCAAUUGGCAAGGAGAAGAGGCAGAUCGGCUGUCUGGUGCACCGCCGUGCCCAACAUGUAUGUAUGCUGUGCAUGAUCCGAGGAGCGCCUCACAUGCCUGGCAGGCAGCCAUCCACUCUUCACGCCAUUUUGGUGUGUGUGUGGAGUUUGCAGCCUUUUCACGUUUCUAGCGUUUUGCUUCUCAUGGCUCAGUUGCUUGCUCAUACCCCAAAUUCAUUAAUGAAACUUCUUCUUCAUCAUCAUCGUCUCAUUAAUUUUUUUCAACCAACAAUGAAGUUCAACUCUUCCGUUUUUACUCCCCAUUUCUACUACAACAAGGCAUUGGUACAAGGGCUUUGGUUGAUAUGGACAUUUGGGUUUCUGUUGAUUGGCGUAUCCUUGUAUGCAACUCAGCUGUUGUCUUCUUCUCUCAAAUAUCACUCUAAUCUUGGUGAUUUGGGUGGCCCUAAAAUCACCAUUUUUACAGCACCAAGACCUUUUGAUGGUGUAGUUGGGGAAAGGCAGAAUCUUGCUGUUAGAUCAUGGCUUGGCUUAUCAGCUGACAUUAACGUUGUGCUUUUCACCCAACACCCCUCUGCUUUCUCUUUUGCUAAAGCAUUUGGUUCCCGGGUCACUGUUGAGCCCAACAUUGAUUUCUCAUUCAUUGGUACACCAUUCUUUCACUCUAUGGUGGCCAAUUCACAGGCAUCCUCAUCAGAUGUUUCUGUUUUGAUUCAUCCUGAAACUGUUCUCUUGUCUGACUUCAUUUUGACUGUGAGACAUGCUUACAAACUUGAUCAUGAUUGGCUCUUUUUUGCGUCGUCUAGAAAAAUUUCCUACUUCCCAUUUCACUUGGAUGCAGAUGGAAAACAAUGGCUCACAGAUGAUGAUGAUGGCAUGUUGGUUGAUAUUAACAAGAUGCAGGGAUUUCUUUCAAAGGAACAGCAGUGGUACCCUUGUCAAGGACAGAUUCUAAUUGCCUGGAACAAUGCAGCAGAUAUUCCCUUGCAUAAAGGGGUCCUCCCACCUUUUCUAUAUGGAAAGGGAUUUCACAACCUUUGGGUUAUCAAUGAAGCUUUUCGAUCUGAUUUCAGAUUUGUCUUUGAUGCUAGUUGGGCCAUUUCCAAUUUAUAUCUCCAUCACCCUGACCUGAAGUACAAAAAGUCAAGUGAAGGAUUCAUGAUGGAUACAGCUCCUGAAGAAAGAAUUUGGGAGGUUAUGGGGAACUCUCUCCUGGCUACACAGUAUGGAUCAUUGUAUUUCCAUGAAACCAAAUUUUCCAACUUGUUUAGAUUGUUUGAGUAUGGAGGGCACUAUCUUUUUGCAAACACUGCAGAAAACAUUGUUUACCGUCUAGGAUACAAGAAACCAUUCAGCUUAAAGAAGAGUGGGCUUAUGCAUAAAUCAAUAGAGGAGGAGAAGAUUUUAAAUUGUAUUGGUUCUUUGGGAUCAGUAGACAGUAUUAAAGAUUGCUCUCUCAUGGAUAAGCUCAAUCUGUCAACACCGAUUUCGCUUCCACUACCAUUUGAAUCUUUACUUUCAAUGCGUGCUGGCCAGAACAAGACGGUUGUGCUGGCAGUUGUUGGAUACAGUUACAAGGACAUGCUAAUGAGUUGGGUGUGCAGGAUGCGGCAUCUUCAGAUAUUAAACUUUUUAGUAUGUGCCCUUGACAAUGAAGUCUACGAUUUCUCUAUCUUGCAGGGCCUUCCUGUCUUUAAGUAUUCGUCUAUUGAAACGAAUAUCAGCUUUGAUGACUGUCACUUUGGAACGGAGUGUUUUAAAAGAGUAACCAAAAUCAAGUCCAGAAUGGUUCUGCAGAUACUGAAGAUGGGCUACAAUGUACUAAUGAGCGAUGUCGAUGUUUACUGGUUUAAGAACCCGUUGCCCUUGCUUAGCUCCUUCGGGCCAGCAGUUCUAGUGGCACAAUCCGAUGAGUACAAUGCAACAGGGGCAAUCAACUUGCCUAGACGAAUGAACUCUGGUUUCUAUUACGCCCAUUCAGAUCGGGUUACAGUUGCUGCAUUGGAAAAGGUUGUUAUGCAUGCAGCAACUUCAAAUCUGUCAGAGCAGCCGAGCUUCUAUGAUGUAUUAUGUGGUGAAGGUGGAUCGAAUCGUAUAGGUGAUAAUAGAUGCUCAGAACCCGAAACAAAUCUUACAGUUCAUUUCUUAGACAGAGACCUCUUUCCAAAUGGUGCAUACCAAGGUCUAUGGGAGGAAAGAAAUGUCAAAGAAGCUUGCACGAGAAGGGGUUGCUUUGUUCUCCAUAACAAUUGGAUUAGCGGGCGACAGAAGAAACUGGAGCGUCAGGUAUUAUCAGGACUAUGGGAUUACGACAUCAGCACUAGGAUGUGUCUGAAGAGCUGGCACGUUCAUAUGGACAAUAAUGAAGAAAUGAAGAUAAGAAAGUAGGACACACCUGCAGCCAUGUUCCUGCAGCAGCCAAUGAAGAAAGUAGACCAGCAAACAGCAGAGUAUCCUUUCCUUGGAAAACAUUGGCAACGAGAAUUCCCUUCUGCAUCGUACUUGUCACGUGUGUUCCCAUCAACAAUGCUCCCGAGAACUCCAAGAUUCCAGCUGUCACAACGGCCUGUCUGAGCGACAAGGCGCCUGAUCCGACUGAAGUCCCCAUUGCAUUAGCCACAUCGUUGGCUCCAAUGUUCCAAGCCAUGUAGAACCCGAGCAAGAGAGUCACGUACGACAAAAUCUUGUGUUUGAAGGCCAAUCCCGGACCCAAAGACUUCAUGAAAAACGGGAAAGUCAAGGCUGCCAAUGCGAUACAGAUUGAUAUAGCAGAAGCUGUGCUUGAAGAUAUGUUAAAAGCCUGCGCCAUUCCAGGCAAAUCGUUGUCAUCUUCUGAACUCGAACCUUCUUGAUUAUGUAGUCCUUUAGCUUCAAAUUUCUCAUCCCUAUCCCCCUCAGCUUCAGCAAAAGAUGAAAGGGAAGCGAAAGGCGGGUGAAUGAAGCUGGAGUUCCUCAAUCUGACAUGCGAAAGAUUCCAACUCUGGGGCUUUACAACUCUGGGAAGUUGUGUUUCAUUGGGGAUGAUAACACAGAACCUGUGUUCAGGGAUGUGAAUAUGAGAUUUAUGAACUAAGAAAAGUGUGUUUCUUGCAGAAAGGCACUGAGAGUAAGUCAUGGCUAGAUUGGGAAAGGAGAAGGCUGAGACAAGCUGGAGAGAAAAAAAAAGAAAAAAGGGAAGAAGAAAGUAAGGGUAUCAAUGAAGUUGAUUCACAGCCAUGGAAUGUGGUCCAGGAGGAAAAGGAGAAGAGUAGUUGGUGGAGGAUCAAGAGAAUAGGAGUAGUUUUAUCAUGGAUAAGUUUGUGUCUUUAACAUAUGGAUAUAAAUGAUAUGAAUGUUCAGGGGUUCCCUAUUUGAUUUUGGGUAUGGAGCAACCAUAAAUCUUCAGGCCA